AUGGUCAAAAUCACAAGCUUCACCACGCGGGACGUGAGGUUUCCGACCUCCCUCGAUAAGACUGGCUCAGAUGCCAUGAACGCAGCUGGCGAUUACUCUGCUGCUUACUGCAUUAUCUAUACAGACUCAGACUACAAGGGCCAUGGCAUGACUUUCACCAUUGGCCGCGGCAACGAGAUUGUCUGCUCUGCCAUCUCCCUCCUGACUCCACUCAUUGUUGGCAAAGACCUGGAUGAGCUUACUGCCGACUGGGGCAAGACUUGGCGCUACCUCGUCUCCGACAGCCAGCUGCGCUGGAUCGGCCCCGAGAAGGGUGUGAUCCACCUUGCCCUGGGUGCCGUCGUCAAUGCCUUGUGGGAUUUGUGGGCCAAGACCCUGAACAAGCCCGUAUGGCGUAUCGUCGCAGACAUGACCCCUGAGGAGUUCGUGCGCUGCAUCGACUUCCGGUACAUCACAGACGCCAUUACCCCCGAGGAGGCACUGGACAUGCUCAAGUCGGUCGAAGCCGGCAAGCAGGACCGUAUCCGCGAGGCGGAAGCCAGCCAGGCAGUGCCUGCUUAUACCACCAGCGCGGGCUGGCUGGGUUAUGGUGAGGAUAAGCUGAAGAAGUUACUGGAUGAGAGCGUGGCCCAGGGAUACAAACACUUCAAGCUGAAGGUUGGCGCCAACCUGGAAGAGGAUAAGCGAAGAUUGAAAAUUGCUCGCGACGCUAUUGGCUAUGACAAGGGGAACAUCCUGAUGGUUGACGCCAACCAGGUUUGGUCCGUACCGGAGGCAAUUACCUGGAUGCAGGAGUUGGCUGAGUUCAAGCCCUGGUUCAUUGAGGAGCCCACCUCCCCCGAUGACAUCCUCGGUCACGCCGCCAUUCGCAAGGCGCUGGCGAACACCCCUCACGGCACCGUUGGCGUUGCCACCGGCGAGAUGUGCCAGAACCGUGUGGUUUUCAAGCAGCUUCUGCAGGCUGGUGCCUUGACCGUGCUCCAGCCCGACGCCUGCCGUGUUGGUGGUGUCAACGAGGUGCUCGCGAUCUUGCUGCUGGCUUGCAAGUUUGGCGUCCCAAUUGUCCCCCACUCGGGCGGUGUCGGCCUACCCGAAUACACACAGCACCUGAGCACCAUUGACUACGUUGUGGUGAGCGGCAAGAAGAGCGUAUUGGAGUAUGUUGACCAUCUGCACGAACACUUUGUGCACCCGUCCAGUGUCAAGGACGGCUACUAUGUCACCCCUAUGGAGCCUGGAUACAGUGUGGAAAUGAAGCCGGAAAGCAUGGAUGCCUUCGCGUUCCCUGGCGAGGAGGGUAAGAGCUGGUGGCGCUCAGAAGAGGCGAAGACUAUUCUUGAGGGCCCUCGGGUGGUCUAA